UGUUAUCAAAAAAUGUCAAAACUAAAAAAAAAAAAAUACCAGAUGCGUUAGUAAUUACUACUAAAACUUUUUAUUUCGCCAUCUAACAUUUGCGGGCGGAAACUAAGUUAAGGUUUUAAACUCAUUAGGCAACUUACUUUGGGUGUUUACGAUAACCCAGGUUGAGUUGGGUGUUUACGAUAACCCAGGUUUUUGGCUCCACUAGAGCCAAAAAAGGUUAGGCAUAACUCUUUUUAGUACCUUUAUGAUUCAUGAUACAACUCAACGCUGUAUCGUAUUGUCUGAGUUAAGUUAGACCUCGUGCUCAGGCGAUAUACUGCAUAAAAAUUUCAUAAUAGCUAUUUAUAUAAGUUUCUAAUCACGUAUAAAUAUUGCAUCUUUUGAAGGAAAUAAUAAGCCUCCUUUAUUUUUUAUGGAAAUCAAAUCAUGGUCCUAAGAAUUUAGCUGAAGUUCUGUCAAAACGUCGACACAUUGUUCACGAUGUUUUUUGUUAAAAAUGUACUGCAAAGCCUGAUAUGUAUGAUAUAAUACUACGAGAGCAUCUUGUAAUUAGCUGCAAGUCAUUUUUAUUACAAUACAAAACAAUAUCAUAUAUUUGUAAGUUUUUAUUAUUACAGUUUGAUUCAUGAGUUAUUAAUGUCUAUUUUCUAUUAUUGGCGGUUUUAUUUUAUCAUCGUAAUUGAAUUUAAUGAAAAAAUAGAAUAUAAUAUAUUUACAUUUGAUAAUGGAAUACAGUUUCCAGAUGAAUCUUUUUUUAAUUCCAUAUGAAGUAAAAUUUUUCUUUUUGCACUUUAAAAUUGCUUUGAACUAAUAAGGUUAUUAUUGCAUCUAAAUUGAUAUCUUAUAAUACUAAACAUAAGUUCUUAUUGGAAAAGCCGACUUUGAACGAGCAAUGCGCUCCCGCCUUUUAGAGAUGGCAGCUGUGGUGGCGCGAGUGCCGAGCGCCUCUCGUGUGUGCGACCGACCGGCAUUCGUUUGGAGAGACUCAAGCGGGUUAUGUAUAGAGCGUGUGAUACUUAAUAAAGAGUGAUUUAAGUAAAGAAGCUGUGUCUCAGUGAAUCGCAUCCCGUCCCCAGCCACGCACUAUUACAACAGGUUAUCGGCCCAGUACACGUGCUCAUUGCGCAAGGAGCGAGACACGUGGAAAGUGAACGGAAGGGUUCGCGAGACGCCGGUGAAGGGCAUCGGAAAAGGAGAUAAAAGUAAUUAGAAGAUUAGAGGGUAAGUAAACGACAUCUCUCGAUGCUGACGAGCGAAACGAGAGAAAACAGCUCAUAAGAACGUUCAAUAUAUAUUGUUAGAAAAGGAUAGAAGAAAGUUUUACUUUUGAGAGAUAGAGAUAGAGUACAAUAUAGAAGUAGAGAUUCCCGGCUAAUAAGAACGUUCGAGAAAUGCUGUUAGAAGUUAGAAGGAGACAAAUUCCUUUUGCUUUUUUUGAUAGAAGUAGAGAAAGACGAAAUUGAAAGAGAUGUAUAUUAGAGAGAGAGAGAUGUCGCUUGGGAACGAAGCGGCGACGUGCGCGUGCAAGUCCGAGCGUGUAUGGCGAGAGCCUUUUGUUUUGGCGCGCGAAUCUUGUUGCUGGGCGCGCACAACCAUAUAACCGAUUUCGACUAAUACAGCACCGGUGUUAGAUGAUUAGAUAACGAUAUAUGUGCAAUCAUGAUAUGCGUACGAAUAAAAAUCUGUAGGAGUCAAUUUUUUUUAAAAUCGGUGUGGAUCGGGUCGGUGAUCGAGCGAAACUUGCGGUGCGGUGUAGCUUGAUUACUGUUCAGGGAGGCCGCGUAAAUUUGUAUGGGCCCCGUGCGCGUGCGUGAUCAACCCGAGCUCCCAUAGAUCUUUUCAGCAGUGCUGGAGAUCGCAACGGACAGCGGUGUGCGCGCGCGGAUAGCCCUGCAGAGGCGCGUGGUUUUCUCGCUUUGAAGUUAUUGUGAAUUGCAGUGCGUUCUAUAUAAUUUCACAAGCAUACAUAUUUUUUUUAACUUAGAGAUUUGAUGAUAAUACCGUAAAUUGAUAAAUGUAAACGCGAACGUUGAUUAGUCGUACCGAAAGAAAAAUACUAAUGUUCAAUUAACAUUUGAAUCCCGAUUAGAGGGAGGAGGAAGAUUAGAAGGAAGAGGAAAAGGAGAAUUUCCUGUUAGAGGAAGAGAGUCAAGAGGAUCAAAACAUGUUGGUGGACUACGACAGCGAUGCCAGCGAUAGCAGCGUGGUCAUCGUAAUAGAGAAAGAGAGCGACAGCGUAGAUGUGACGGAAAGAGAUAGAGAGGAAAAAGAGACAAAGAAGGAGACGGGAAAAGGAGGAACGAUCCCGAAAAGGAAACUGCCCAGAGUCGUCGAGAACAUAGAAGUGACCAGAGAAUGGGCGGAAAAUCGUCCGAUGCUGCCGAUCGGAAGCAGGAUUAUAUACGAGAAGCAGGAAAAACUGGUCACAAGGAUGGAGAGGUCGACGCAAGUGCUCGACAAAGUGAUGUCGAAGGCCAACGAAAUGAUGGACAAAAUGGUGGAAGUCUCUAGAUUAAAUCUAGAGAAAGAAAAAGCCAGACUUAGAUUUUUAGAGGUAAAUAAUAAAAAUAAGCAAGAUUCAGUUAAGAAUGAUAUAACAACGGUUAAAGAAUUAGAGAUAGAAUCUAAAAAGAGAAAAUUAGAUGAAAUCAAAGUCUGUUCCGCCGGAAAAGAUAGAAGUUUAGAGACAAUUAAAAAUGCAAUAAAGUUAGAGUUAAAUAAUCAGAGGUUGCACAUUAAAAGAGAAUACAAGCUGACGCAAAAAUACAACUUUGAUCUUUGGAUGGAUUAUUUAAAAUCUGAGUUAACAAAUAACGACUUAUUAGAUGUAAUAGAUUUGAGUAUUAAAAGUCCUGAAAAUCUUUCCGAGUUAGAAAUUGUAAAAAGAAAAGGUUUAGUUAGAGAUAUCAUAAUUAAUCAUUUGGAUGAAAGUUAUCAUAAGAGAAUUCUACAUGAAAAAGAGCCAAUAGAGAUUUUAAAGAAAUUAAGAGGAUAUAAGAAAAGCAAAAUAAAUGUUACUCACACAUCGGUAAGAGCUAAGCUUUACCAAAUUAAAAUGAGAAAAGAUGAAAAAGUAAGUGAUUUUUGCGAACGCUUCGAUUCAAUAAUUAGAGAGUAUGAAUCGUGUGAGGAUGCGGUGCUUCUCACAGAACAAGAAAUUAGAUCCGCAUUUUAUCAGGCCGUGUCGAUUAAUGUACCGGAACUGAGAAAUGUAGAUUUAAUUAGAAGACAAUCAAACCUGAAAGAAAUGAACACGGAUGAAAUAAAAUCUUUUAUGAUGCAGCUAGAGGCAGAGAAAAAGAGCGAAACUAGAGAGAAGUUAGAGAGAGUAGAGAAGCCCGAAACCAGAGUGCAGAGGGCUACCAUAGAAGAAACCAAAUGCUUUAGAUGUAACCGGAUGGGCCACAUGGCAAAAGACUGUCCGUUGGCGGAACUAGGGGCCUGGUUCUGUUACUAUUGCCAGGAGAUACGAGGCCACAAAGGGGAUAGCUGCCCCAAUUCCGGAAAAGAGGCGAACAGAUUUAGAGGAAAAAGAUAAAGAGUAAAUAUAAAGAGAUGCCACGGAUCGCUCGUACAAAGGGAGGGAGUAUUGGAAAAGCCGACUUUGAACGAGCAAUGCGCUCCCGCCUUUUAGAGAUGGCAGCUGUGGUGGCGCGAGUGCCGAGCGCUUCUCGUGUGUGCGACCGACCGGCAUUCGUUUGGAGAGACUCAAGCGGGUUACGUAUAGAGCGUGUGAUACUUAAUAAAGAGUGAUUUAAGUAAAGAAGCUGUGUCUCAGUGAAUCGCAUCCCGUCCCCAGCCACGCACUAUUACAACAGUUCUAAAUGAUCUUGACUUAAUUUGUAAGUGCAAAUAUAUUAUAACAAAGAAUUUGGUUUUUCACAAAGCAUAUAUAAUCCCAUUAAACAUUUAAUUGAAAUACAAGAACCUAAAAAUCUAGCGUUUUUAGAAUUAAUGUGCAUAUUUCCAUAUAGACUUUCUUUUAAAUUGGAAAUAUAUUCAAAACAUUUAUUUAAUGUUGCAUACAUGAUGUUUCUAUUCUUAAAAUUAAUUUGUUCCUUAUAAUCGUACUUCAUAUUUCGACUAUUCUAUGCAGUCCAACGGCUGAGCAUGAGAUCUAACAUAACUCGAGCAAUACGAUACAGCGUUGAGUUGUCAUGAAUCAUAAAGGUACUAAAGAGAGUUACGCCUAACACCUGAUUAAAAAGACUGACAGAAAGUAUCAGAAACUUGAUUCAAAACAAUAGAAUUCUAUCGUUUUAAAUCAAGUUUCUGACACUUUCUAUCGUUUUCUAUCGGUUUUUUUUUAUCAGGGACAUUUUUCAGUCUUAGUGGAAACCAACUCAACUUGGGCUAUCGUAAAUACCCUUUGUUGAAUAUCCAUAUAGAGAAUAUUACUUGAAAGAAAUUGUAACAUAUCAUCACUCUUCUGAGAUCAAAGUGCUUUCGAUUUUUUAUUAGUUUUGGUCCCAAAAUCUUAGCGAAAUAGGCGUAGAACAAGCAUAUCGCUAAUGUAGGGAAUGGGCCGCUCAUCAUCGGUCAAUCAUUGACUUUCGGAUUGCUUUUAUUGUCCAUUAGGUCUCGAUAACCAUUGUAAACUAUUUGUACUAAUUGCGCCAUCUAAAAUCAAAGUACUUUGUCAUUGUUUUGUUACUUCAAUCUUGUUAAUUAUCCUUUUCCACUAAUCAAGGAUCAAUUGGAUAUGUUAAAAGGUAAAUGUUAUUACAGUACGUUAAAUUUAAAAGACGGGUUUAACCAAGUCGCCAUCGCGCUUGAUUCUACUAAAUAUACCUUAUUUGUAACUCCUAUGGGUCAAUUCGAAUACUUACGAAUAUCAUUUGGCUUAAAAAUUGGUCCGCAAAAAUUCCAAAGAUUUCUUAACGUAUAACUUUAAAUUUUUUAUUCCAGGGAACAGUGUUUAUAGGUACAGAUUUUCUACACAUACGCACACAAGUAUAUUGGAAACGUAAACGCUUGUCUAUUUGAUUUUAAUUCGCUAUUUUUGCAAGAAUUUCUGAUGAAAAUAUGAAGACUUCGGUAAAUAUUUCUGAUCGAUAAAUUUCAGAUUGAAAUGGACAUCUGUUAUUUAUAUCUUAUACUUUUCAUCAUAAAUCAGGAUUUUUAAAAUAUCAAAGCAUAAGCGUUAUGGAAAGUUCCUACAUCUUUAUUGAGCUGUUCUUAGAGCCUUUUUCGUAUUUUUUGCAACUCAAACCGAAUACGUUUAAAAUGGUCAUUACAGUAUGUAUCGUCCGAAGAAUAAUAUUUUUAAUGAAAUAAUGCGCAUGCUACAUAUUCGAUAUUUUUAAAAUGCUGAUUUAUGAUGGAAGCUAAAUAAUUAGCGUGCUAAAUAAUUAGCAAUAUUAAUAAUACUUAUUAGAAGUUUUUAAAUCAGAGUUAGGUCAUAAGUGUCCAUUUCUAUUCAUACAGAUUAACUUUGAUCUUACAAGGAAACAUGAUCUUACAAGGAAACACAAGGAAGUGUCCGCCUAAGAUUAAAACGAGCUUUUAAUAUGUUGUAGUAC